AUGGCCGCUCCCCUCUCACGACUCGCAGCCCAGGCUGUGCACAUUACGACAGACCCAAUACCUCGCUCACUGACCGAGAGCAAACAGGUCCUUGCGGCGUUGCAGAAGUUCGGCGAGGUUGUCACCUUUCGCAACCUAUGGUACGACGCGAAGAACUCCUCUCCAGCACAUGCCCGCCACACCGUCGCGAUUUUCGAAACCCGCGAUGCGGCCUCUCGCGCAAUUGCGGCAUCGCCGUUGACUAUCCCUCUCCCACCUGCGAAAGCGAACUUGAACAAAACUACAACCACAAAUAUACCUACGUCCAAUCCUCCCUUCUCCACCCCGGAGCAAUCGCGGACCCGCUUUCUCAACUGUCGCAUCCAGAAAUCCCACCACAACCACGAGUCCGCCGUAAAGCGCAACCCCUACCACAGUUACUUCGAAGUCGACCGUGAUACGACCCAGUAUCGGGAUUUGGUGAAUUCGACGCAGAUUCCACUUAGGGAUCUGGCGGGUGGGUUCUUGGAUAAGAAACAGGGGAAGAAGAGGAUUUCUGUGGAGAAUGAGAGGUGGGGGGCUACGUCUUUGUGGGGAAUGUAUGAGCAGGGGUUGAAGGCGGAGGAGAAGGUUGAGAAUGGUAGUAAUGAUGGCUCGUCUUCGUCUGGGAAAGGUGAAAGACGGAGUGCUACAAAGGGAGGGUGA